AUGAGUGAUAUCCAUGGUCUCUCCCCAUCCGCUGUCGAGACAAUAGCCGGCUUCACAGCCGGCAUUGUUUCAACCCUCGUCCUCCACCCGCUCGAUGUGAUCAAGACGAGACUCCAAGUGGACCGAUUCUCCUCCUCGCGCAUCGGAAGUUCAAUGCGCAUUGCCCGCAACAUCGCACGCAAUGAGGGCGGCUUCGUCGCAGGCUUCUGCCGGGGCCUCACCCCGAACCUGGUCGGAAACUCUGUGAGCUGGGGCUUGUAUUUCCUCUGCUAUGACAAUAUUAAAAAUUCGUUGCGUGUGCUCCACGGGGAUGGGGGGGAGAGGUUGAGUUUAUUGGAUUACUUUACUGCGUCUGCUACUGCUGGCGUGUUAACAGCCCUCGUUACCAAUCCUAUCUGGGUCAUAAAAACCCGCAUGCUUUCCACGGGCUCCAAUGCCCCUGGCGCGUACCCCUCCCUGGCCGCAGGUUUGCGUGCCAUCUACCGCUCAGAAGGGAUCAAGGGCUUCUACCGUGGCAUGGUCCCCGCUUUAUUUGGCGUGAGCCACGGUGCGCUGCAGUUCAUGGCCUACGAACAACUAAAACAAUACCGCGCCGGCACCACCACCGCACGGCUAUCCCCUGCUGGAUCAUCAUCAAGGAACGAGCUUAAAUUAAGCAACUCCGACUAUCUCCUCACUUCCAGCGCGUCCAAGGUAUUUGCGGGCUGCGUCACGUAUCCGUACCAAGUGCUGAAAGCGCGGCUGCAGACCUAUGAUACUAUGGGAGCUUAUAAGGGCGUUACGGAUGCUAUUGGGCAGAUUUGGCGGCAAGAAGGGGUUUGGGGGUUUUAUAAGGGACUGGGGCCGAAUUUGUUGCGUGUGUUGCCGAGUACGUGGGUGACUUUUCUGGUUUAUGAGAAUGUGAGGGCUUAUUUUGCCCAGGGCGGAGAACGAUAA